UGUGUAUCCAUUCAUAUUUGUUCCAGUUGCGAUGCGUUUCUGAAAAAAUCUGGUUCAACCUUUGAGAGAAGUGAGUGAUUAAGUAGACUACUGCGAAUGGGGAGUCCAAGUCCGAAGGAACACAUAGAGGAGAUACGAAGGAACAAGUUCUCCAUUGGAGGCCCAGAAAACCCUGUGAUCCCCGAUCUUCACGAAGCUGUCAAGAAUCUCUCUGCCGAGUUGUAUGCUAAAGAUGUUCACUUUCUCAUGGAGCUCAUUCAGAAUGCAGAAGAUAAUCAGUAUGAUGAGGGGGUUGAUCCAACACUUCAAUUCAUCAUAACAUCAAAGGACAUAACAGCCACACGAGCUCCGGCCACAUUACUCAUUCUGAACAAUGAGAAGGGUUUUUCUCCCGAAAACAUUAGAUCCAUCUGCAGUGUUGGACGAUCCACUAAGAAGGGCAACAGAAGAAGUGGUUACAUAGGGGAGAAAGGGAUUGGUUUCAAGAGUGUAUUCUUGAUUACUGCAACGCCUUAUAUUUUCAGCAAUGGAUAUCAGAUACGGUUCAAUGAGGGGCCCUGUCCCCAUUGCGGUCUUGGAUAUAUAGUGCCGGAAUGGGUUGAGGAGAACCCAACACUUGAAGACAUAGAGCAAAUAUGUGGUGGGGGUGCUUCCCUUCCAACCACAGUCAUUGUAUUGCCUCUGAAGCCAGACAAAGUGGGACCAGUGAAACAGCAGCUCUCCAUCAUUCAUCCAGAAAUUCUUCUAUUCCUUUCAAAAAUCAAACAACUUUCAGUGAAGGAAGAUAACGACGAUCCUAGGCUCAAUACUGUAACUGCCAUAGCCAUUUCGAGUGAGAUUGAUUUUAUGACAAGAAAAAACAUGAAUGCUGAGUCCUACAUUCUCCGUCUAUCUGCUGAAGAGAAUGAGGAUUCUGAAAAGGAAUGUAUGUACCACAUGUGGAGGCAAAGAUUUCCUGUAAGGCCAGAAAAUCGAGUAGAAAGAAGAAUGGAUGUGGAGGAGUGGGUUGUCACGUUAGCCUUUCCAAAUCAGGAGAGGCUUAACAGGGGAAGGAGUUCACCUGGGAUCUAUGCGUUUCUUCCUACAGAGAUGGUAACCAACUUUCCUUUCAUAAUUCAAGCAGAUUUUGUCUUGGCUUCAUCAAGAGAGACAAUUCUCUUGGAUGAUAAGUGGAACCAAGGCAUACUCAACUGUGUUGCUUCCGCUUUCAUGGAUGCAUUCAAAUCACUUGUUAUAUCAUCAGAUGAUGCUCCGGUGUCCAGUUUGACUCGGUUCUUUCAAUUCCUUCCGGUCAAUGAUUCUUCCUAUCGAGAGUUGAAUAAUGUGAGGGAUACAAUCAAAGCAAAAGUGGUUGAAGAAAGUAUUGUUCCUAGUGAGACAUACUCGAAGCAGAAGCACUUUUAUAAGCCUCGUGAAGUUGGCAGACUAUUGCCUGCUUUCUGGGAUAUUUUAACAAAGGCCAAAGAGGAAGGAGUGCACUUGGGAAACCUAUCAUCCCAUGGAAACUAUAUUCUAAAUUCUUCGUUUGACCAAGUUCAGUAUGAUCACAUACUGGACUUCUUGGGUGUACAUCCAGUCAACAGUGAAUGGUAUGCAAAGUGUAUUCUGAGUUCUAAUCUCGUGAUGGGAGUAUCAGAAGAAGUCUACUUGCAGCUUUUGCUGUUUGUUGCUGAGAAUUGGGGGUCCAGGAUCUGGUUCUCCAACAUGAAGUACAUUUCUGCAAUCAAAUAUGUUGGUUCGGAUGGAAAUAUGUCCUAUUUCAAUCUUGAGAAAUGCAGAAGGGACCAUGGUUCCGUGAAGAUUCUCUUAGCUGAUCCGAAUCAAUCCUGUCCUAUCUCGUGGCUCAUUUCAUGGAACAAGGAAUUCUCUUGUGCGGGCAAUCAUUAUUUUAUGCCAGAAAAUACACAGAAGGCAAUACAACAAUUCCCUCGGAAACAGACUUUGUUGGGAUGGCUGGAAAAAGAAAUUAAUGUUGAAAUUUUGGGUGCAGAGCAUUAUGCAAAUCGCGUUUGCAAUUCUAUCAGCAGUGACUGCCACCUCGCCCUUGCAUAUUCGCAUUUCUUAUAUCACUCAUUCUCAAAGCGAUAUUUGUCCAAGCGGCAGGUUGAUGAUCUAUGCCAGUCCUUGCCACUAAUAGACAAUUAUGGUCGCGUGUCCACAUGCAGGCAGGGGGUUCUUGUGCCGGCUAAAGGGAGUAAAUGGGCAGAUUUGAUUGUUUCUAAUCCAUGGAGGGAUGAAGGCUAUGUUGAGUUGAAAGAAGACUAUUUGCACUCACGCUUCUAUGCAAGCCAAUAUACCAAGCAGAACGAGCUCAUGGGCUUCCUUGGAGCUCGUGUUGGAGCCUGUGAUAUACCUCACAUAUAUCCUCCAAAUGCUGGCUUUUCCUCGGUUAAUAAUCCUCUGACGAAGGAAAAUGCUUUCUUGCUUCUGGGUUGGAUACGGAAUCUCAAGUAUAGGGGAAUUCUGCCAGAGAGGUUCCUGAAAUCCAUAAAGGAAGGUAGUUGGCUGAAAGUUACAAUCAAUGGGUAUAGGCCACCUUCGAAGUCAUUCUUAGUCGACUCAACAUUGGGAAACCUUUUGCAAAAUGGAUCUGUUCUUGUCGACAUUCCAUUGGUUGAUCAGAGGUUUUAUGGGGAUAAACUUGCUGAGUACGAGGACGAGUUGAAAACAAUUGGAGUGAUGUUCAGUUGUAAGGAGGCAUGUGCAUUUAUUGGGAAUGAGCUGAUGUCUCGGGCAGCUUCUUUCACUUUAAGUAGAGAUCAAGUUUUUUCGAUUCUUAGAUUCAUCAGAUAUCUAAGGCGAAAUUUUUUUCCCUUGGACGAUUUUGUGAGCAGCAUAAAAAAUGGAAGGUGGCUCAAGACGGACCUCGGUUAUAGGUCUCCUGGUAGAGCAAUCUUGUAUGAUUGUGAGUGGGAAACUGCAUCACAAAUUAGCAAUCUCCCUUUCAUCAACAGAUCUUACUAUGGGGAAGAAAUAUAUCAAUUCAAGGAGGAACUUCAGUUGUUGGGUGUGAUGGUUGGCUUUGGUGGAAGAUACCAACUUCUUAUAGACCACUUAAACUCACCCUCUAAUUUGAUCUGUUUCACGGCUGAUGCUAUUAUCUUGAUACUAGAAUGCAUGCAUUUCUCAGGUGACUCCGGCAAGCUUGUUAGUGCGCUUCGAGGAUCAAAUUGCUUGAUGACAAGCAAGGGGUUCAAAGCUCCCAGUGACUGUUACUUAUCUGAUCCUGGAUGGGGUUGUAUUCUAGAGGUAUUCAAUAGUUUUCCUGUGAUUGAUCAUAAAUUCUACGGGAACAAGAUUAUGAGUUACAAGGAUGAGUUGAGGAUAAUGGGAGUGGUGGUUGAUUUUGAGGAUGCAAUCGAAGCAUUUGGAGUUGUUUUUGAGCAGAAGGCAUCUCAAACUUCCUUGACCAAGCAACAUGUUGAGUCAUUUCUCUCCUGCUACAGACAACUGAAUGAAGCUCGAUAUUCAUUUCCUUUAAAGUUUUCGACCAAGUUAAGAAGUGCCAAUUGGUUGCGGACGCGAUUUGGUGCUUAUAAGCCUUCCAAAGGUUGCAUUUUGUUUGGUCCAGAAUGGGAGUCUCUCUCUGCAAUUACCCGUCUCCCCUUCAUUGAUGAUAGUGAUAAUUUUUAUGGCAAGGGCAUCCAUGAGUACAAGGAAGAGUUGAAAAGAAUGGGAGUUGCUAUUGAAGUGAAAGACGGACUCAAGUUAAUCUCUGCUGGUCUAAGGUUUCCUUCAGAUCCUUCCUCCAUAACUCCUGAAAAUGUGUUUUCAUUGCUGGAAUGCAUUCACUUAAUGCACGAGGGUCUUCAAUCCUUUGAUGAGGACUCUGCAAAACAGUUGUCGAAACGAUGGUUGAAGACCAAAGGUGGUUAUGAGACUCCAAAAAGAUGUUUAUUGUUUGAUUCUCAGUGGAAAUUGGAGCCAAUGGAUGGACCAUUCGUUGAUGAGACUUUUUAUGGACCGAAAAUUGCAUCUUACAAAAAAGAACUCGUGGCAAUAGGGGUUAUUGAUGAUUGUCAGAAAGGGAGCUCAGUAAUGGCUAGUUACCUCGGCUACCAUUCUGAAUUUUCUACCAUAGUGCGAAUUUACAGGUACUUGAGUGAAUAUGAUUGGAAGCCUGAGAAAGAAACUGAUAAAAGGAAAAUGAUGUGGAUUCCAAAUGGAGAUCAAAAUGGAGAGUUUGUCAAUCCUGAAAACUGUGUCAUCCAUGACAAGGAUAAUCUUUUUAGUUCAAAGUUCUAUGUUUUGGAGAGAUACUACGAAAAGAAGUUACUUCACUUUUUCUCCUCAGCUUUGGGCGUGAGAAGCAAUCCUCAGGUUGAUGACUACAUAGAGCUUUGGAAAGAAUGGGAGAAUUCAGUUGAACAAAUUUCACAAGACAAAUGCUGUAAGUUCUGGAGUUUUAUUUUGCAGCACAACAGCCAGAAAACAAGGAAAAAGCUUUCUGAGAGCUUGAUGAAACUACCCGUUACAUCAGACUCCAGUGGAAUACUUUUGUCUGACAAGUCUGAUGUUUUUGUUGCUGACAACCUUUAUAUGAAGAAUCUUUUUGAGAAACAGAGAGUAUUUGUCUGGUAUCCUCAGCCAAGCUUGCCAUCAUUGGACAGGCUUGAAUUAUUAGACAUCUACAAGGAAAUUGGUGUUUGCACUAUAUCUGAAUGUGUACAGAAGGAAGAAUCGUUUCAACUAGAUGGUGCGCAUUUCAAUGAGGUGGAGCCAAGGAGUAUCUUCAUUGGAAAGGGGUUGGUUAAGCUUGUUCUUGGUUUUCUUGCUUGUUCUAGCCUCAACAUGGAAGUAGAGAAGAGACACAAAGCUGUCGAAGGUCUUCUUGAGCUCAAAGUUUAUGAGAUGACUGAGCCAAUCACUGUAAGCUAUUGUUUGUCACUUUCAUCAGGGAGGACCAUUACCAAGAAGGCGAACAGGAUGAUGCGUUGGGAAAAUUCCAAACUUUUCAUCCAGCAUAUGGACUUGGAAACUGGAAAUGCAAGCAUGAUCAAAUAUGCCACUUUUUACUCGGAAGCAAUCUCUGUGGGCAUACUGUGUGAGAAUGUUGAUCAUGUAGGGGCACUUUCUGAGCUGAUCAAGUUGGGAUUUCUACUGAAGUUCGACGAGGAAGCAGUUGACUUCCUGAUGGAAUCCAGGGAUUUGCAAAUUUUCUUGGAAGAUGGAGAAUUCCUCAACGCUGCCUUUCCAUCCAACUAGGUUUGCUGUGGAUAGUUUCUGCAACGCUUGUUCUUCGAUUCUGUAGCAGAGUCUAUGUUAUUUGAGUUUGAUAAAUUGCUAAAGGUUUCUUAUGUUUGCCCUUGUGUGCGUU